AAAAAAAAAAAAAAAAAAAAGAUUUUAUGAACACAAUUGUACUGUGGAAAAUGAAUGGCAACCCUCUUGAGAAAAUUCAGUUUUUUUAUAAUUAUUUUUUAUUUUUUAUUUUAUCCACUAACAUGGCUAUUUUGAUUAAACCGUCUGUAGGGUGACCUUUCCCCUUCUCACCUCUUUCCAUUGCUGUUCGAAUAUGUCAAAUUCAAUUGAAAGUUAUCAAAAGCUAGCGUUUAAGGAAGCUUUGUCAAGAAACCACCGUUACUCAGUUGCCUGCAAAGAUCUCAGCUUGAUUCUCAGAGAAGCUUAUCACAAACUCCCUGAGAAUCUUCAAUCAGUCGUUUUCCAAGACACCCUCGCUGCUUUUCGUCUCCUUCCUGAACAGACACGCAGCGCUGUUUCAGCAGCCCAUCUUCUAUGCAAGAGCGCAGAGGCGGUAUUGCCUAAACAGAGAAAAAUUUUGGUUACUGAAUUUAAACAUUCAAAGGUUGCCCAUAAGAGGCUUUGUAAACCUCAUCAGGAGGAAGAAACUUCUGCUGCGACUGAAUUGCCACAGGAUGUUCUAGUACACAUCUUCAGCUUCUUGGAUAUCCAUUCUUUAGUUGCUGACAGCCUAGUCAGUUGGAAUGGAGGGCAGGGUGAAAAUAAGGAGUUCACUCUUUUGCUGGAGAAUUCAGAUGGAAGAACCAGUAUUGAUUGGAGAGAGGCCUUCAAAAGAAAAUAUAUGGGUAUGCUGCUCAGACAUCUUCUAUGCCAAGGUUUUAUUCGAUUUGAUAAUCUCUCUAGUCAUUGCAAAUUUCUUUUUCUGCCUCUAUGCAUUAAUUUUUGCAGUGCAUAUGAAGAGCAAGCAGAGGUUUUUGUCAACAUUGAGUUAGAUGUGCGUCUCAGAACCUCUAUCCAGCCACUUUCUUUUAGUCAUACAUGUACUUGGCAAUUCAUCAAAGAGAUUAGAGCAUCUAAUAGGGGAUAUUAUGUUCAAUGUGAAACAAUAGUUUGGCUAGAUAACAUGAAAUGCUGUAAUGGAGACUGUGAAUUGCAGUCUGGAAAUUGGCAAAUCAUGCCUGUAUCAACUCACCAGCUAUCCUAUGCAAAUUCUUAUUUUCUUCAGGUUCAGUCUUGGAGAUGUUUUUCCUAUUAAUUCUAGAAUAACAAAUGUUCAUUAUAAUACACUGCCA